AGCUUCAAACCCAGAGAAAGUAAUCUUAUAAGAAUCGAGUACCUGGUUACAAAUCACAGCAUGAACACAGGACAGAUCCCAAAUGCACUGUGGCUUUUCUGUGAAGUAAAUCACAAGUUUCCAGAAGCUUAUCAAGACGUAAACAUGUGUGAUCUGGGAAAGUAAACUUUAAGUGCCAGAAAAUACAUGCAUCGUCCAGUUCACCAAACGAUUUUUAACCAAGAACAAACUCCUCUCCAUUUAUAGUCCGUUAAUAAAUUGUAAGACGGUCAAUAUUUUUGGCUUUUACAUUCCAGCAAAAGAGCCAAGCCAAUGGGAGAGGACACAAAAGUUUCUGGAUUCCCAGAACCCAAUUUAUUUUAAGGUGGCCUUGAACUGUGUUUCUGAGUGGAAAAUAUCUGAGAACUACUUGCAACGGAAAAUCGAUGAGGAUAUUUUGGAAGCGACUCUCACGCUCCGUCUUCCUACAAAGCGGUUGGUUAAGGUCGAUACUGUUAGAUCAAGAAGAAAAAAACAACAAAAACUCAAGGUUUCAAUUUAAAACCCUGAAGAUGAUCAUUGAGGAUUCUCAAAUUCUCCUCAAACAAAGCUAAAAGCGAGGUGGAAUCUAAAGCGGAGGCGUUUUCCAUUUGAUCAGUUUCAGAAGAGACAUCAGACAGCAGCUCACUGAUGUUGCGUUUUAGUCACACAGCUUCUUAAGAAGAGCAAGUCUUCCAGCAGAAAUGAGUUCAGAUGCAUAAUAUAACAAAUCCUGCAUUUUUAAAGGGGGGAAAAAAAUAAACCUUUUUUGCUUAAAGGUUCAAACUUUCAAACCAAAAUGUUGUUGAACCUUUUGAUUCGAUUUCAGCUGUGAGUUUGCACCUCUCUUCAGCUGUAGUGCAUCUGAUGAGAAUGGUGGGGGAGAAAUCAGCUGAGUUUUAUCAUCUGUUAACUGCCAAUUUUGACCCCAAAGCUUUGGCUGUCUUCUAGAAAGCUACAGAAUACAAAAAAAUAAAAGGUUUUCCAGCUCUUUUACUUGUUAUUCUCUCCUUAUGCAGAAACAGUUUCACUGGCAUGCAUUUACGCCCCAUUUCUUUUUUUACUGAUGUUUGCUUUAUGUUCCAUUUUCUGCUAAAUGAUCCACUGCGGCGUCUCUCUGACAGAUUCCACGGUUCGGGUCUCCCACACAUCCGAGUAAAAUUCGAACUGAGCCCGGGGGCGCCGGAAACUCCCGAGCUCCUUUCAAAUUCAAACCGUGCCACCUGAACAGCUCCCUGUUCUCCUGGGACGUCUCCUCCUCCGCCGCGGCGCCGCGCGUCCUCUAGCUAUGUUCGAAAUAAAUAAGUGUGCGGAACAGCGCCUGCGCCUGCUCCAACCUGUCGCAGCAUCCCUCCGCUGUGUCAGGUCUGACGCCUUGUGAUUACGGAAGGCGAGGACGAUGGAAUCCAGUUCAUGACGCCAAUUCCCGGUCAGAACGGCUCCCGCAGAUUACGCGGGCAUAAAGCAACUCCUCAAGCCACAGCUCCGUUCGGAAGAAUGGUGCUUCUGGUCUUCUCUCUCAAGAAAUCUCUCCUGCCCCUGCCCCGGCCCCCUGAGGUAGGAAAUUUACCAUUUUUUACCAUCAACUCCUUAUCUUCCUGUUAUUCCUUUAACGAUAAUAUGGUGUCUUAUUAAUCUGAAGUCCACGGCUAUCAGCUCAGAGUAUAAACGGAGUUGUGUUUAGCUGUUUGUGUCUGUCAAUCAUCCCAGCCGAAGCAUUGAGGACUUGCGGCGUUGCUGAAGGAUGCAACUGUUUUUAAUGUGAUGCGUUGUUUUUGUUUUUGUUUUUCUCAGCAGGGAAGGCCGUCUCUGCACAUUUGAUUGACACUGCCACUUCCUUAAAUUUCAUUUCGGUGCUUUUACCACAACAACAAAAAAAAAUAUGUCCAUAAAUUUUUGAUGGGUGAAGAAAAAAAAAUAAGCAUUGCCUCUCUUUUUUUCAGGCGUUUGACAAGAUGUUCAAAGCCUGUAGUGAAAUAAUUUUAAAAAAACACACACAUACACACACACACAUCUAGAUGGGCUUAUAGUUUCCAGUCAGUCCACAAGUCCAAGGUUCAGUCAUUUUCAAACUGUAGUUUUGUUGAAAUAAUCGACCUUAAAGAGUCCAAAUCAUCUUAAAAAUAAGCCCCAGAUACAAUAAUAUUCUAAAUAAUUUCUCUUCAUUUAACAUGAGAUUAUCACCAUCUACAGGCCAAGUUGUGAAACGGCAAUAAUCUACUGUACAUUGAGAUUACUAGAUUAAGUGAUUAAGGACAUAUAGGGAAGAGAAAUGUUAAUUCGCAAACAAUAUUUGCUUUUACAAACCUGUUGACUAAUAUUAUUUUGGAGUUUUUGAGCAGGUCAUAUUUUUAGGCCAGUACCGCCAACAAAAUUAAAAGAAAAACGGCGACACAGCGCCUCCUGGUGGUCAAAUGUGAAAAUCAAUUAUUGGUGGCCAAUAAUCUUAUUUCAUCAAAAUGUUUUAGUGCAGGCUAACGUAAUUGUGGGCUUAAAAAUUAGAUCUUUAAUGGUUUUUAAUGGGGCACAACAUUGUAAUAUUUUAUUUUAGGCUAAUCCGAGGACUAAUUUGGAGAUAUAUGAUAUACAAAACAGCCAAAAUGCCUUGAAAGAAGAAUGAAAAAUAUAUAACAGCAAAAGAAAAUCUCUCUGAUCUCUAGAUUUUGCAAAGGAAAAGUAUCUUACAGAAAGGCCUGGGUUAGCCGGUCAGUGAAUUUAUAAUCAAGUGUUUGUAUUUUUAAUUUAUACGGAGCAUUAUGUCUGUCUAUCACAUUAUGGACAGGAUGUAAAUUGUAAACCACUUACGAAGCUGCGGACAACUAAUCUCGACAAAUAUGUAAAAACAAAAUGUAACACUAGAGGGCGCAUUAGUUCUUGCCCAGGUGUGGGAUGCGAAAUCACAUCUCUAAUAUUGACUUAAAACUGUAAGUAGCGACUCAAUUUAUGUACAUUUAACCAAUGUUUCAGUGUCUACAAUUAUUUAUGUCACUACAUCAACUUUUGUUUUAGUGGUUUAAAUCACCCGUGAACAUUUUACUUAUAGAGGACAACAGGUGACGGAUGUAUUGUUGUUCAGGAAGCCGUUUAAAAGCAGCUGCGGUGAUUUUUAGUAGGCUGAAGGUCAUGAGGGGUUUCCCGUUUGCGUUCACUCUCCUGACCACCGAAAUAAAUGAGAGCUUUCUCGGGUUUUGCAGCGUCGUGGGUCUCCUCCCACCCCAUCCUCACGGCCUACUCAGGUGACGAUGCUGCUGCUGUGGGUGGAGCUCUGUCUCCUAAUCCCCUGAGGGACCCGGCAGUUCCCAGCGCAGAGGGGCUCCAACCACUCCACCUGUGAACUAUGUGUUAAAAGAAACGAAGGAUGUGAACUUUUUCCUGAGAUCUGAUUUGAUAAAACCAUCCACCAACCUUUCUGUGAGCUGAUAAAUGUUAAGCCACGCCAACUUUCCAAAGCGAGCCAUUAACUACUAAAGCUCAGAAGUUAAUUGCAAAAUCAGAUUCUUACAUCUGUUUUGGAAAAUUAUAUCUUAGGUUAUUGUUUUUGUAAAUGCAGAUCAAAACUUUGUCUGAUUGGCUCAAAAGAUAGGUCAUCUAAGCGAUCUAAGAAGUCUUCAACCAUGGCUACCAAUGCCACCAUGGAAGCAGCAGACGUUGUUGUCAUCGUAAUUUAUUUCAUCCUGGUGCUGGGGAUCGGCUUCGCGGCAAUGCGAAAAUCCAACCGAGGCACGGUGAGCGGCUACUUCCUGGCUGGUCGCUCCAUGAACUGGUUCGCCGUGGGAGCGUCUCUCUUCGUCAGCAACAUUGGAACUGAGCAUUUCAUUGGACUCGCCGGGUCAGGGGCCGCUAGCGGGUUUAGCGUGGCUGCGUGGGAAUUCAACGCUCUACUGCUGCUUCAGUUACUGGGCUGGGUGUUCAUCCCUGUGUACAUUCACUGUCAAGUCUACACCAUGCCAGAGUACCUGUGCAAGCGAUUCGGAGGGAAGCGCCUGAAAGUAUAUUUUGCGGCUUUGACUCUGGUGCUUUACAUCUUCACCAAGUUGUCUGUGGACCUCUAUUCGGGUGCCUUGUUCAUCCAGGAAUCCUUAGGGUGGAACCUUUAUGUUUCCAUCAUCGUCCUCAUUGUCAUGACAGCUGCGCUGACGGUCACUGGAGGUCUGGUCGCUGUCAUCUACACAGACACAGUCCAAGCAAUUAUGAUGAUCGUCGGAGCGCUCUGUCUGACAGGCAUCGGCUUCGCCAAAGUCGGAGGCCUUGAAGGGCUAAAAGAAAAGUACAUGCAGGCCAGUCCAAACAUCACUGCCAUUCUUCUGUCUUCACCUAAUCUGACAUAUUCUGAAUCCUGUAAGCAUCAUCUCCACCCAAAAGCAAAUGCUCUGAAAAUCCUGAGAGGCCCAAAAGAUCCAGAUCUGCCCUGGCCUGGUUUCUUGCUGGGUCAGACGCCUGCCUCAAUCUGGUACUGGUGUGCAGAUCAGGUGAUCGUACAACGAGUUCUGGCCGCAAAGAACAUUGUUCAUGCCAAAGGGUCGACCAUCAUGGCAGGUUUCCUCAAAACUCUCCCCAUGUUUGUCAUGGUCAUGCCAGGGAUGAUUUCCAGGGUCUUAUUUACUGACCAGUUGGCGUGCAUCGGCCCAGACCACUGCAUGCAGGUGUGCGGUUCUGCCGCCGGCUGCAGCAACGUGGCGUACCCUCGCCUCGUCAUGUCGGUGAUGCCUGUCGGACUUCGCGGCGUGAUGAUGGCGGCCAUGAUUGCUGCUUUGAUGAGCGACUUGGACUCUAUCUUCAACUCUGCGAGCACCAUAUUCACGCUGGACAUUUACAAAAUGCUGCGAAAGGACGCGUCGCCCAAGGAGCUGGUGAUAACCGGCAGGCUUUUUGUCAUCCUUAUGGUGGCCCUCAGUAUCGCUUGGGUGCCGGUUGUCAUCGAAAUGCAAGGGGGACAGAUGUUUUAUUAUAUCCAAGAGGUGUCUGAUUAUUUAACGCCCCCUGUGGCGGUGCUAUUCCUGCUUGGUGUUCUGUGGCAGCGCUGCAACGAGACCGGUGCCUUCUGGGGUGGAGUGGUAGGCUCUGCUCUUGGCGCUCUGCGGUUACUCUUAGCCGUAGUUUACAGAGAACCGUACUGCGGCCAGCCGGAUGAGCGGCCGUUCUUCAUCAAACAAAUCCAUUUCAUGUAUGUGGCGGCCAUCUUGUUUUGGGUUUCAGCUAUAACGACUGUCGUCGUGAGUCUCUACACGCCUCCGCCGGAAAAACAGCUAAUCAGAACUACCACUCUGUGGGGGUUAAGGCAGAGAAUGAAGUUUAACACACUAGCAAUAGAUCAAGGUGAAGAAAACCUUAACAAAACAAACGUGACUGAAAAUGGAGGUGGUGUUGUUGGUGAAGAAACGCUCCAUAGCCACCAAACGAAGCUUAGGAGCACUGAUGGUAGAGAUGAAAACACUCAGUCGGCCAAUGGGAACAUAAUCCCAGCCCGGUCAUCACUACAGAAUGACUCGUAUAAUCUGAUAGCUGAGCCUAUGCUGGAGGGCGAGGGAGAUGGGAGAGAAGUGAAGGAUGUGGAAGAGGGGAAGGAGUGCCGUUUGGGGGAAGGAGGAAACUCUGUGAAAGUUUGUGGGGGUAUUUGUGGCCGCCGGAAGAAAUCUUCGCAGAGUCGGGUCAUUACAGCUCAGGAGCAGGAGAGGAUUAUAAAUAAGCUUCUUUACGAACCUCCCAGAACCAGAAUCUUACUAAACACAGCACUGGUAUUGAUUUGUGUGAUUGGGAUCUUUCUUUAUUUGUAUUUCUCCUUAUAGACAGCAAAAAUUCUCUUAAAACGAGGUACUGCUCCUAAAUUUAUUCCUUAUCUCCCUGAAUUUUCUGUAAUUUUAUGUCACCAUGUUGUGGCAUAUAGUGCACUUACCCCACUUCAGAUAUUAAUACUUCCAAGUCAUACGCAAACUUUAUAAAAUGCUUCUCUAUCAUGAUAUUGACUAUAGUUGGUUGCUGUACAUCUUGGAGUGCUGGCAGCCGGCCUGACACCACCAGUGCUUUAUAUUUUGUCACAUGCGUCUAACAACAGUAAUGUGCGUUGCUCUUACAGAUCACAGCUAAAGCAAAUCAUCUAUUUUUAAAGAUUUUCUGUACACAUUGUAAAAGCAAUUUCAUUCAGGUACUGUGUAAUUUUCUAAGAACAAAUGUAAAAUCUGAUGAUCCUUAAGGUAUUUACUGCAAAACCUACACUGAUGGACGCAAGUGUGAUUGUCUUGAUUGCAAAACAUCAUUGUGAGCUGUAACCCAAAUGAGUAGUUUUAAUUAAAAUGAGUUUAUGUUUUGUUUCUAUUGCUCACAACUUUUGACAUAUUGUCCAGAAUGUCCAACACAAUAAAAAAUAAGACUGAAAUUAA